AUGUCUAACCUUAUCAAUAAACUAUCUGAAAAACUCGGCGGCGACCAUGAAGAGUCCAAAACUUCGCAGGACUAUGAUCAACAGCAGUCUCAGGGAGGAGUGAAGUCUCAGUCAGGAAACUCGCGCCCGCAAGGAUGGGACCAAGAUGAUAUGGGUGCCGAGAAUUUGGGUACUGAAGACUCUCAAGAUACACGUUACCAGGGAACACGUUCUCAGGGUACACGUUCUCAGGGUACACGUUCUCAGGGUACACGUUCCCAAGGUGUGCGCCAGAACCAAGGUAUAGGCCAGGAUCAGGGUACACGCCAGGACCAAGGUCUGCGAAGCGGGGAGCAUGGAGGCCAAGGAUUGAGAGGCAAGGCUGGCUUCGAAUCCACUGGUGAGCAGUCGAUGCCUCAGCAGGAGACUACCCGUCACCGUGAUGAGUACGAGACCACUUAUGGUCAUGAAAGAGACAUUUAA